UUGAAAUUCGAAAUAUUUACGUAUUACAAUGUAGCAAUAUUAGUAUUUUAAUAACUGAUAAAUAACAAUUUAUUAUUAACUAUUAAAGGUAUAUAAAAUAUAUAAGAUAUGCCAAUAAAGGUAGCAUGUUACAGGAUAAACAUCAAAGUCUUUUUGGGGAUCUUAUAUUGGUUGUUUCUUCCUUCAUAGAGGCAAAGCCCCUUCUGUCAGACGAAAAUUCUACGACCAUUCAGACUCAUUUAAAAAUUGCAAGUGUGGGGUUUAGGAAACAAAUUUAAAAUCUAAAACAAUGCAUGUUUCACGUUCUACAAAAUUCACCGGCGUUUGCGUGGCCGUCUAUGCGACCUAUGUCCUGUUCGUAUUCUUCCUUUUGCCCAUCCUGAUGCCGGAUCCGGUGACCCUGCAGCGAUCAGUAGUGGCCUACAAGACGCAUCACUUGGGCGACCUGAGUAAUUUCACCCUGGAAACGGGCGGUCAGCCGAUCCGCUCCAUGCUGGUCACGUUCAAGGGCUCCGGCGCCCUGACCCUGCUGGACAAUCUGGCCCACCAGCCCGGUUGUUACCAACACUACGCUCCUUUGAUUGCCCACGAGAGCCGCUCAAAUGCGGAACAGGAUCACGACCGAGCCUUGGCGGAGCUGGAGGCGUUGUACCACUGCAACUACAAUAAAUCUGCGGAAAUGAUUCGGUGGGGAAAGCGAUCGACGGUCUUCCGCCGCUUUUACGGAGCCCAGGCAAAAAUCUGCCAGACGUACAGCCAGGAGAUCUGCUGGAAUCCGGAGACAAUGGCCGCCAUUUGCAAGCUGCAUCCAUUUAUCAACAUGGCCGUGUACAACUUGCGUCUGAACUUUCUGGCCACCCUCUUAGAACGCGAAGGGCUAAAUCUGAGAAUGCUCCUAAUCGUCCGUGAUCCUAGGAGCACUGUGUACUCUCAAAUAAAUAACAAAUGGUGCGAGACAGCACAGAAUUGCGAGGCGAAGGCCCUCUGCAACGAUAUGGUCGGUGAUUAUCAGAUGGUUGAGAAGCUAACCCAAUCUUAUCCACAGCGUUUCAGCAUUAUACGUUAUGAGGACUUGCUCCUGCAGCCCGAGGAGAGUAUCAAGCUGGUAUUCGAUUUCUUUGGCUUGCCCCUGAGGCGGCCCAGUGCAAUUACUCGAGGAGUGCAUCCGCGGAAUGUUCAUAGCGCCGAGUCUUUCGGAUUGGACCUUCGCUGGAGGUAUUCCAACCAGCCCGCCAACGAGUGGAUGAGCAAAAUGAAGGUGGACGAUAUAAAGGCUGUUCAGGAUGUAUGCAGCGAGGCAAUGGACUUGUGGGGCUAUCGCUCGAUCCAAGACUUUGAGCACUUUUCUCCGGAGUCAUUCGAGCCGAACAUGGGCAAGGCUUAAGCAUUUGUGGUCACAGUAAAAGUGACGGGUGUGUAAUUAUAGCGGUUUUUUCGGUAGAAAUAUCAGUCUAAACAACCAGUAAAUAAAGCCAAAAGACUAUUUUGAUAAAAAUUAUUAAAGGG